GACGACGACAACACCAAGCCAGCCCCACGACAGCGACCUUUCAGCACCAACGUCGCAAUCAUGGCUGUCGGCAAGAACAAGCGCCUCUCAAAGGGAAAGAAGGGUCUUAAGAAGAAGACCGAUGCCUUCGCAAAGAAGGAUUGGUACAACAUCAAGGCUCCUUCCACUUUCCAGAUCCGCGACGUCGGCAAGACCCUCGUCAACCGUACCACCGGUCUGAAGAACGCAAACGAUGCCCUCAAGGGCCGGAUAGUCGAAGUUUCUCUCGCCGAUCUCCAGAAAGAUGAGGACCACGCUUUCCGCAAGGUCAAGCUCCGAGUCGACGAGGUUCAGGGCAAGAACUGCUUGACCAACUUCCACGGUCUCGACUUCACCUCUGACAAGCUCCGCUCCCUCGUCCGCAAGUGGCAGACCCUCAUUGAGGCCAACGUCGUCGUCAAGACCACCGAUGACUACCUCCUCCGCCUCUUCGCCAUUGCUUUCACCAAGCGAAGGCCGAACCAGAUCAAGAAGACCACCUACGCCGCUUCCUCCCAGAUCCGCGCAAUCCGCAAGAAGAUGACCGAGAUCAUUCAGCGUGAGGCCAGCGCAUGCACACUCGCCCAGUUGACCCAGAAGCUCAUUCCUGAGGUCAUUGGCCGUGAGAUCGAGAAGUCUACUCAGGGCAUCUACCCUCUCCAGAACGUCCACGUCCGAAAGGUCAAGCUCCUCAAGCAACCAAAGUUCGAUUUGGGUGCCCUCCUCGGCCUCCACGGAGAGUCAAGCCAGGACGACUCAGGCCAGAAGGUCGAGCGGGAAUUCAAGGAGACCGUCCUUGAGAGCGUUUAAGCGGGUCAUGGUUGAGGGGUCUCAUUGGGUCUUUUCAACUUGUUCGACAUGAUAUGGGCAUCCAAAAGGUGUUAUGUUACGGAAUGAAAUGGACAUAACCUUUUUCACCAUCUGAUGGCAGUGAUGGCGUGCAUGGGUGCAAACAAUCCAUAUAUCGGUGUUCAUGUGGUUGAAGAAAAAAAGUGCAUAUGAAUUGGAAUUGACAAUAUCCCUUCGAACAAGGCCACCACCUUUCAGUGAUUGGACGACAACUUUUAACGCAGAUAAUUUUACUGUUGCUUUGUGGGCAAUACCUCCCAUUCACAAUAUCAGUGGGUUUGCAUAUGCCAUCUUAUCCAGAACUUAUGUCUCACCUGUUUCCUUGGUUAUGGAUGGCCGGCCUAUGCCGUACUCUUGCCGUCCUUUGAGCUGCUUCGUAGCACGGCGUCCACUUUGUCAACUCAUCAAAAAUAGGGGACUCGUCGAUGUCCAGCCUUUUAUCAUAGCAACAACCCC